GUUUUUUAUAUGCCCUGUAUAUGUGUGUUUGCUUUAAGUAGUUUAAAGUAUCUGUGUUAUACUUUCGUGCCCUGGAGUUAGCUAUAACGUUUAGGACGAAGCCUACUGAAAAGGAUCCAAUUUCCAGACAAGUCUGAAGGCGGUGUAGGAGGUGCCCAUCGAGAAAAGCAUACCCACAAUCAUGGCAGAACAGGACCACAAGAAAAACAUCCAUGGCACAAAGUAUAGCCUACACAGGUCUCUUAGUAUCAUGGAAGGUGAUACCAAAGAAAUACCACAUAUGACUAUUCACCAUGCCUUCGAGGAUAUCGUCAAGUCAUCAAGGGCGUCUGGUCCAAUAUCUGAAAAAGUAGCUAUAAGAUUUGGUGACAGAGUGACAACGUUUGGACAAUUGAAUGGCAAGGCAAAUUCAUUGGCUCGUGCGCUUAAAUUCCAACUCGUCAACAACAAGAAGGUUGAUUUUUCCGGCGACAAACAGCACAUUGUGGCUUUGUUUAUGUCUGAAUCCGAUACCGCAGUAAUGAGUGCAUUGUCCGUGUUAAAACUUGGUGCUGCCUACACCGUAAUGGACAAAAUCCUUCCUCCAGAUCGUAUUAAGUAUAUCAUCGAUCAAGCCGGUGUUGCCGCCAUUGUAGCAACUGAAGACAACAUUGAAUACCUAAAAGCGGCUAAUCUCGGGGAUGACACAUUGGUGCUUUCACUGUCCGAUUUGCUCAAUUAUGCACAGAGUGCUAACCUUUCCGAAGACAACAUUCCAGAUAUCGAUGGCCUUCCAGGGUUUGACGAGAAGCUUGGAAUGUGUAUUGUGAUCUACACUAGUGGUUCAACAGGCUCCCCAAAGGGGGUGCGCAUCAGCCACGCCUCAUUGCUCAACAACUUUAAUUACAUUUGGGAUGUUGUUAACUUAAAAGAAGGCGACGUAACAUCAGCAAUGACUUCGCUCAUGUUUAUUCCGCACGCAACGGAUAUAUUCUGCCCUCUUUUACAAGGUCUCCCAGUGGUUAUCGUUCCUAAGUCAAUUAAGCAAGACCCCGAAGAAUUGAUAGAGCUCUUGGACAGAGAAAACGUUUCUGUCAUUCCUUUUAUUGCACCUUCCUUAUUGGACGUUAUUCUGCAGUUCGUUCAGAUGUUUGAUGAUCCGAAAAUACAGACAUUAAGAUUUGCUAAUGUAGGCGGAGAGGCUGUCCCCACUCAGAUUGUUCACGAUUUUUACGAUUACUUCAACGAGGGAGUUGUUCUUGUUGAUAGCUGGGGCUUGACAGAGACUAGUAAUGAUGCUACUUGGAUGGAGUUUAGAGGAAAGAAAGAUAUCGCCGAAGGAGUGUUUGAUGAAGGCGUCAGCAUUGGAGUCCCUCUGCAUAACACCAUUGCCUAUAUUGUCAAUGAAAAGGGAGAAGCAGUGUCACAUGGUGAAGUGGGGGAGCUCUGUAUCAGCGGCGUUUGCGUCUCUCCCGGGUAUAUGGACAAAGAGAAUGCCUUUUCAUUUGUGCCAAACACGCUAAGAAAACAGAGUGGUCACGAAACCCUUUUCAAAACUGGCGACUUUGCAAAGAUCAAGAACGGGCGACUGGUGUACUGUGGUCGGAGGGAUCAGAUGGUAAAAAUACGAGGUUACCGAGUAAACAUAAGCGAGAUAGAAACUGCCAUUAACAAGCUUGAUUUUAUUGAAAAAGUUGCUGUUUUACCCGUCAAGAGGUCAGAAACGGACGUAUACCUCGUUGGAUUCUACUCAUGUCGGCCCGGGAAAUCAGCAGAGGCGAACGAUAUCAGAAAAGCGUGCGAGGCUUCCCUUACACCAUACAUGAUUCCAGAGAGAUUUGUCAAACUUGACGAAAUGCCGCUCAAAGAGGCUAGUGCCAAAACAGACAGGAAUGCUCUCAAACAGCUUUUAGGAAAGUAAUUAUAUACUUCUUAAAUGAGAUUUGUCAAUAUGAUGCUAAAGAAGCUUGUGCCAAAACAAUCGACAGCUUGCAUAAUACUAUGACUAGAACUAGGACUAAAACUUAUUUUUAACUUUAGUCAAUAUUGCGACAUUACAGUGUCAUUGUAACAUUACAAAAUUGUAAAUGCUACAAAUUAAAAGUCGAGAUAAUGUAUUCAAAAUAGAAAAAUCAAUUUAAGCAAUUAAAUAUGACCUUAAACAGUGGUAAUGAGAGUGAAUUAUUUGUUGUCUUUGUUGUUCAAAUGACUGGUAAUGGAAGAAUAUUACCACACCAGAACACCCUGAAAAUGGUGUAAGAUACCGUUGUCACAAAUGGCGGACGUAAUUGUCGCUCCAACUCUUUAAUCAUCACCCUGCUAUAGCAUGACGGUUACGCCACCUCUGAA